UCUAUCUUCAAAACUUCCCCUUUUUUUUUAUGUGUUAGUAGAUAUUGCUUAUUGUUUGUCUUCUUGUGCAGUUAUGGGUUUGAAGGAGGCGCUUAGAUUGAAGUCCUUCGAUUCGAAAGAGUUGGAUGUUCGUGCUACCAAGACUCCGAAGGGUGAGACCCCGUACUUGCAACUUGUGCAACAGAAUCUUUACCCGAUUCGUGCGCCGGAGGCUCCUGGUGAUCAAGGUGGUUCGGGUUCGGUCCCUACCGCGUCACCUGUUGCUCAAAUUCAGGCGACGGUUGCGGCGGAUGAUGCUGGGGGUCGGGAAGCUGGUUCGUCGAUGACGAAAGGUUCUGGCUCUAAAAUUAUUAUUGAGGAUGAGGGGGUCCAUCUUUCUGUUGAAGACACCGAGGUACAUGCUAGUGGUGAGAAAGGAGGAAACGAUCAGAACGAGGGUGAAGACAUCGGAGGGGAUGGUGAAGAUGGAGAUGAACAGCCUCAGAUUGUUUUGAAAAGAAAACGGGCUGCUCCCACCAAAUCUGACCCGAAGGCCAGGCAGCCGAAAAAGACGAAGGCCGACUUUAAAGUGGUUACACUUGAUGACGACGAUCAUGUUACUGCGUUUUCUACUGCUGGAGGUGUACUAGAGAAUUUGGACGCUCAUCUCCACGAGGGCCGCACCCCACGGGAUCAUCUUCUGCAAACUCCUUUGAGUCCGUUGUCCUUCGGUGAGGGUGGUGCCAAGGUUGUUACGGAUUUACGCACCUCCGAUCCAAAGAAAGCCGUGCCUUCUCCUUCGGGUAAGUUUACUACGGGAGUUGCAUCCAACGUGUCUAGGCCGAGCUCUUCGCCGUUUGAUGGUGGGGACAGUGCUUCUUCCUCCCCUCUGUGGUAUGACACUGAGGCUGUGUUCUUGUCUCGAGAAUUAGGUUCUGGUGGUUUUGAGGGCGCGGAUGCAGCUAAUGCUUUGGAGAAGUACGUACCGGAGUGGUCGUUGGCGAAUAAAGAUAGGAUUGUGGAUGCCCUCUCGGCCAAGAUGUCUUUGUUCCACCUGGGAACUCCUGCGGAGCAUUCUUAUUACCGCAAGAUGAGUGGGCCGGAACUUGGAAAUACCUUGAUGCUGAAUCAAGCUCAAUCAAACUCCCUAGUGGUAGAGACGUACAAGCGUUGGGUUGAGUCGGAGUCGUUGUGUCACAAGCUUAAACGUGAGAUUGCCAGCUUGAAGGGUGAGGGCGAUGUUCGAUCCAAAACGAAACAGGAACUGGUGUCCCUGCGAUCUCAAAUCGAUCGACUGAAAGGGCAGGUGUCGGAAGCUAAAGAAGUUACUAAGUCCUCUCAAGCUUCGGCCGCGGCGGCCUAUGAAGCUCGUGACAAGGCUCUUCAGGAUUUAGAGGCCCUUAAGUUGAAGUUUGCUGAUUUGGAAAAAAAAUUGUCCAACGUAGAGAUGAAGCAUGCCGCCGAACUGAAGGAGAUGCGGACAUCACAUGAUCAACUUUUGGCUGAUUAUCAUCGCUUGGUCGAUGCUAAAGACGAAGUUGAGAGAGCUCGCGACAGGGAGAUCGAGUCGCACAAGACAACGAUUGAUGAAGCAAGAGGGAUGUUGAUCCGGUGCGAGCGUGAUAUGAUUGAAGCAUAUUCGGAACUGUCGGAGCUGAAACUUACCAAGCAGUGGUUCUUGACAGAUGGGGUCGCAUGGGUUGUCAAGUUGGUGCAUCAGAGCCCCGAAUUGGAGAAGGUGGUUGCUGAUUUGGUCAACAGCGUUAAUGCGGUUGGGGCGAACGAAGGGAUAAAACAAGGUUUCAAAGCCGCGCAGGAACUGGUUGGUUCGGCGGAAGAGGUUCCGGGCUACGAUGCCGGAGCUCAGAGUGCCUUGGAAGCUGCGGUGAAAGCUUUUGACGAACUCAAAAUCUCUGUUCUCGACAAAGUAUCCGAUUUGAUAGGCGAGCCUCUAUCGGUUAUUCAAUAG